ACAUUGCGGUACACAAGAAUACAGUGUAGCAGCAGCAGCACCAACACCGAAAAAGAAAAACAAACGUUCAUGAGAGACUCUGACAUUUAACAUAACACUGAAAUGGAUUUAACAGAGAAGGACCUUUUCGGCGAAGAUUCCGACAACCAAAAAGAUGGGACCCACUCUUCUUCCCCUUCUUCUUCUUCCUCCUCCGCCGCUUCUUCCUCCUCCUCUUCCUCCUCUUCCUCUUCUUCCUCCCACAACAGCAAAGCUUCCGCUGAUUCCUCUUCCGCUACCGGAACUGGCGCCAGCAGCGGCGGCGGCGGAGAUGACGACGAAGAAAACGGUGAUGUCGUAGAUAGUCGUAACAAGUAUGAUUCGCAUCAUCGGGAUGAUUAUGAUGAUAGAGAUCUGUUUGGUUCUGAUAAUGAAGAUUAUUGCAAAACCCUCGCUAAAAGUCCUUUUCCUAUUCCUGUAUUGCCUCCCAUCCGCAACAAUACGAACAACCUGGGAAGAGGGGGUUUUGGACGUGGUCGUUGGCAGCAAGGGCAUCAUAAUGACAGAGGAGCUGGCAUUCUUCCACGUCCUGGUCCUUAUCCCCAGAGGCAGAAUUUUGGGUAUGGUAAUAGGUUUCAGAAUGGCCGCCAUGAUGAACGAUUUGUCUCUGAGAUGAAGCUCUCGAAGAGUGAAGAAACACUGUCAAGAAAGGCAAUUGCUUUUCAGGAGCCUGCUGAACUUGCCUGCUAUAGUCGUGUAGAAGGCGGAGAAGUAUUUUUUGAUGAUCGCAGCUUGAGACUUUUCAAACGCCAUAUCACCGAAGAUAUUGGAGCUGAUUUGAACGAAGGUUACGAUACAUACAUUCCCAAAAAAGACUUAGGUUCAAUGGGCUAUGGCGAUCUUCUUGCUUGCAUUAGAGAUAAAAAUAUCCCACUUCAAAACAUUCAUUUUGUGACGUACCGCAACAAUCUGAACAAGAUACUUGCUACAGCUUAUAUUCGCCACGAGCCUUGGGAAAUGGGAGUACACAAACGGAAUGGUGUUGUCUAUCUUGAUGUGCACAAGUUACCAGAAAGACCACAAAGUGAUUUAGAUCGCAGGAGAUGUUAUCUGGGUUAUGGUUUUGAGAGCCUUGCCACUGAAGAUCCUAGAAGAGCUGAUGGAGAGGGGAUACAUCAUGUUGAUGCCAAUGUUGAAUUUUGUUCCGUGCUUAAAACAAAAUUGGGGGCUCACCGUAUCUUAAUGGGUGCUGAGAUGGAUUGCUGCGAUACGACUAACGAUGGAAAGAGAUUUUAUGUGGAGUUAAAGACAAGUUACGAGUUGAAUUAUCAUAAUGAGGAAAAAUUUGAGAGAGAGAAACUGCUAAAGUUUUGGAUUCAGUCAUUCCUGGCAGGUGUUUCGUACAUUUGUAUAGGAUUUAGGGACGAUGCAGGCCGUCUUGUUCGCACAGAAAUGCUUAGAACCAAAGAUAUCACGCAGAGAGUAAAAAUGAAGAACUACUGGCAGGGAGGAGUCUGCCUGGCGUUUGCGGAUGAGGUAUUAUGCUGGCUUUAUGGAACAGUCAAAGAAAAUGAAGAUUACACUUUGCAGUUCGCUCCACCUUUCCACCGUUUGGAGCUUCUGCAAGCACAGUCUUGCCCAGAUGUAAUAACAAGUCAUCUGGAGCUGUUGUGAAAAAUUGGGAACCUUAACAGUUAUUUAAACAAUUCAAUAUAGGAAUCAAGGGAUCGACUCUUAAUUUUUCCCUGAACCUUCGAUAAGUUAUUAACUUUUGGAAUAGGGGUAACCCCAUGUGAGUGCUGAGAAUUGCAGCCACAUCUUGUUAGAAAUAUGCAGUAAUUUUAUGGCAUUUUUUAGUCGGAAUAUAGUUUUUCGUUUUA